GGGGGCUGCUAACUGGGGGUGUCGUCCCGUCUCCCGAGGGCCAGAGGACACCCAGACCGGCGGAAGAGCCCACCUCCAGUGAAUGGUAGUGUCUAGAAAGGGUAUGUCCCUUCAAGAGAGAGGUGCCAAUGUCCAACCGGCCUAAUAACAAUCCAGGGGGGUCACUGCGACGUUCACAGAGGAACACCGCCGGGGCCCAGCCACAAGACGACUCGAUAGGAGGAAGGUCACAUUUAGGGCAGGCAAAACAUAAGGGAUAUAGCCCUCCUGAGAGUAGAAAAUCUAAUUCUAAGGCACCCAAAGUACAGUCUAAUACUACUUCUGAACUGUCAAGGGGACACCUUUCUAAAAGAAGCUGCAGUUCAUCAUCUGCUGGCAUAGUUCCACAACCAGAGGAUCCAGACAGAGCCAAUACUUCAGAAAGGCAGAAACCGGGCCAGGUGCCUAAGAAAGACAAUUCUCGAGGAGUGAAGCGCAGUGCUAGUCCAGAUUACGACAGGACCAAUUCUCCUAGCUCUGCUAAAAAACCAAAAGCACUUCAGCAUACUGAAUCGCCCUCAGAAACGAACAAGCCACAUAGUAAGUCAAAGAAGAGACAUUUAGACCAGGAGCAACAACUGAAAUCUACACAAUUGCCAUCAACGAGCAAGGCUCACACCAGGAAGAGUGGGGCCACCGGUAGUUCACGGAGUCAGAAAAGAAAGAGGACAGAGAGUUCUUGUCUAAAGAGUGGUUCUGUGCCCGAAUCAGCUGGUGCCGAAGAGAGAGCUGCAAAACCCACCAAGCUGGCUUCAAAAUCAGCCGCCUCAGCCAAAGCUGGGUGUAGCACCAUCACCGACUCUUCUUCUGCUGCCUCUGCUUCCUCUUCGUCUUCUGCUGUCGCCUCGGCCUCCUCUACUGUCCCACCAGGUGCCAGAGUGAAACAAGGAAAAGACCAGAGCAAGGCCAGGCGUUCCCGUUCAGCAUCCAGCCCCAGCCCCAGAAGAAGCAGCCGGGAGAAGGAACAGAGUAAAACUGGUGGCUCCUCGAAAUUUGAUUGGGCUGCUCGUUUCAGCCCUAAAGUUAGCCUUCCUAAAACAAAACUGUCUCUUCCAGGGUCUUCUAAGUCAGAGACAUCCAAACCUGGACCUUCUGGAUUACAGGCCAAAUUAGCAAGUUUAAGAAAAUCUACUAAGAAGCGCAGUGAAUCCCCACCUGCUGAGCUCCCCAGUUUGAGGCGGAGCACACGCCAAAAGACCACGGGCUCCUGUGCUAGCGCCAGUCGGCGAGGCUCUGGCCUGGGCAAGAGAGGAGCAGCUGAAGCUCGCCGACAGGAGAAAAUGGCAGACCCUGAGAACAGCCAGGAGACGGUCAACUCUGCAGCCGCUCGGACAGAUGAAACUCCCCAGGGGGCUGCAGCCUCUAGUUCUGUUGCAGGGGCUGUGGGCAUGACCACCUCUGGGGAGAGUGAAUCAGAUGAUUCCGAGAUGGGACGACUACAAGCCCUGCUGGAGGCCCGAGGUCUUCCUCCUCAUCUUUUUGGCCCUCUUGGUCCUCGGAUGUCACAGCUGUUCCACAGGACAAUUGGAAGUGGAGCUAGUUCGAAGGCCCAGCAGCUUCUGCAAGGACUGCAGGCCAGUGACGAAAGCCAGCAGCUCCAGGCUGUCAUUGAGAUGUGUCAGUUACUGGUCAUGGGGAAUGAAGAGACUCUUGGGGGGUUUCCUGUCAAGAGUGUCGUCCCUGCUUUGAUAACAUUACUGCAGAUGGAACAUAAUUUUGAUAUUAUGAAUCAUGCGUGUCGAGCCUUAACAUACAUGAUGGAAGCACUUCCUCGCUCCUCUGCUGUUGUAGUAGAUGCAAUUCCUGUCUUUCUAGAAAAGCUGCAAGUGAUUCAGUGCAUUGAUGUGGCAGAGCAGGCCCUGACGGCCUUGGAGAUGCUGUCUCGCAGGCACAGUAAAGCCAUUCUGCAGGCGGGUGGUUUGGCAGAUUGCUUGCUGUAUCUAGAGUUCUUCAGCAUAAAUGCCCAAAGAAAUGCACUAGCCAUUGCAGCCAACUGCUGCCAGAGCAUCACACCGGAUGAAUUUCAUUUUGUGGCAGAUUCCCUCCCAUUGCUCACCCAGAGGCUGACCCAUCAGGACAAAAAGUCAGUGGAAAGCACUUGCCUUUGUUUUGCACGUCUGGUGGACAACUUCCAGCACGAGGAGAACUUACUCCAGCAGGUCGCCUCCAAAGAUCUGCUUACAAAUGUUCAACAGCUCUUGGUAGUGACUCCACCCAUUUUAAGUUCUGGAAUGUUCAUCAUGGUGGUUCGCAUGUUUUCUCUGAUGUGUUCCAACUGUCCGACCUUAGCUGUUCAACUCAUGAAGCAAAACAUCGCGGAAACGCUUCACUUCCUUCUGUGCGGCGCCUCCAACGGCAGUUGCCAGGAGCAGAUUGACCUGGUUCCACGAAGUCCUCAGGAGCUAUAUGAGCUGACAUCUCUGAUUUGUGAACUUAUGCCAUGUUUACCGAAAGAGGGCAUUUUUGCAGUUGAUACCAUGCUGAAGAAAGGCAAUGCGCAGAACACAGACGGGGCCAUAUGGCAGUGGCGCGAUGACCGGGGCCUCUGGCAUCCCUAUAACCGGAUUGACAGCCGGAUCAUUGAGGUAGCAGCCCAUCAGGUCGGUGAGGAUGAGAUAAGCUUGUCCACUCUGGGACGAGUUUAUACUAUUGAUUUUAAUUCUAUGCAGCAAAUCAAUGAGGACACGGGAACAGCACGUGCCAUUCAGAGAAAACCUAACCCCUUAGCCAAUGCUAACACUAGUGGAUAUUCAGAGUUAAAGAAGGAUGAUGCUCGAGCACAGCUUAUGAAAGAGGAUCCGGAACUGGCUAAGUCUUUCAUUAAGACGUUAUUUGGUGUUCUUUAUGAAGUGUAUAGCUCCUCAGCGGGACCUGCGGUCAGACAUAAGUGCCUUAGAGCAAUUCUUAGGAUAAUUUAUUUUGCGGAUGCCGAGCUUCUGAAGGAUGUCCUGAAAAAUCACGCUGUUUCAAGUCACAUUGCUUCCAUGCUGUCGAGCCAAGACCUGAAGAUUGUGGUUGGAGCGCUUCAGAUGGCAGAAAUCUUAAUGCAGAAAUUACCUGAUAUUUUUAGUGUUUACUUCAGGAGAGAAGGUGUAAUGCAUCAAGUGAAACACUUAGCGGAAUCAGAGUCUCUGUUGACAAGCCCGCCAAAGGCGUGCACAAAUGGUUCAGGGGCUUUGGGGUCCACGACAUCGGUCAGCAGUGGAACUGCCACAGCUGCCACCAAUGCCACGGCUGACUUGGGCUCCCCCAGCUGGCAGCACAGCAGAGAUGACUCUCUAGACCUGAGCCCUCAAGGUCGAUUAAGUGAUGUUCUAAAGAGAAAACGACUGCCAAAACGAGGGCCGCGAAGGCCAAAGUAUUCACCUCCGAGAGACGACGACAAAGUAGACAAUCAAGCUAAAAGCCCCACCACUACUCAGUCACCUAAAUCUUCUUUCCUGGCAAGCUUGAAUCCAAAAACAUGGGGAAGGCUAAGCGCCCAGUCCAACAGCAACAACAUCGAGCCAGCACGAACCGCGGGAGUGAGCGGGCUCGCCAGGGCCGCCUCCAAGGACACCAUAUCCAAUAACAGAGAAAAAAUCAAAGGUUGGAUUAAGGAGCAGGCACAUAAGUUUGUAGAGCGCUACUUCAGUUCUGAGAACAUGGACGGAAGCAACCCUGCCCUGAAUGUUCUUCAGAGACUUUGUGCUGCAACUGAACAACUCGACCUCCAGGUGGAUGGUGGAGCUGAGUGCCUUGUGGAAAUCCGUAGCAUAGUCUCAGAGUCUGAUGUUUCAUCCUUUGAAAUCCAGCAUAGUGGAUUUGUGAAGCAGCUGUUACUUUAUUUGACGUCUAAGAGUGAAAAGGAUGCUGUGAGCAGAGAGAUCAGAUUAAAACGAUUCCUUCAUGUAUUUUUUUCUUCUCCGCUUCCUGGAGAAGAGCCCAUCGGGAGAGUAGAACCAGUGGGUAAUGCGCCUUUGUUGGCGUUAGUUCACAAGAUGAACAACUGCCUCAGCCAGAUGGAGCAGUUUCCCGUCAAAGUGCAUGACUUCCCCAGUGGGAACGGGACCGGCGGCAGCUUUUCUCUCAACAGAGGAUCACAGGCUUUAAAAUUUUUCAACACACAUCAGUUAAAAUGCCAGUUACAGAGACAUCCAGAUUGUGCAAAUGUGAAGCAGUGGAAGGGUGGACCUGUGAAGAUUGACCCUCUGGCCUUGGUACAAGCUAUCGAGAGAUACCUUGUGGUCAGAGGGUAUGGAAGAGUGAGAGAAGAUGAUGAAGACAGUGACGAUGAUGGCUCAGACGAGGAAAUAGAUGAGUCUCUGGCCGCUCAGUUCUUAAAUUCAGGAAACGUAAGACACAGAUUACAGUUUUACAUUGGAGAGCACUUGCUACCAUAUAACAUGACUGUGUACCAGGCUGUGCGCCAGUUCAGUAUCCAGGCUGAGGAUGAAAGGGAGUCCACGGAUGACGAGAGCAAUCCCCUGGGAAGAGCUGGUAUUUGGACAAAGACCCAUACAAUAUGGUACAAGCCUGUGAGAGAGGACGAAGAGAGUAAUAAAGAUUGUGUUGGUGGUAAAAGAGGAAGAGCCCAAACAGCUCCCACGAAAACUUCCCCUAGAAAUGCAAAAAAGCACGACGAGCUCUGGCACGAUGGAGUGUGCCCAUCAGUGUCAAAUCCUUUAGAAGUUUACCUCAUACCCACACCACCUGAAAAUAUAACUUUUGAAGACCCGUCAUUAGAUGUGAUUCUUCUUUUAAGAGUUUUACAUGCCGUCAGUCGAUACUGGUAUUACUUGUAUGAUAAUGCAAUGUGCAAGGAGAUUAUUCCAACUAGUGAAUUUAUUAACAGUAAGUUGACAGCAAAAGCAAAUAGGCAGCUUCAAGAUCCUUUAGUAAUCAUGACAGGAAACAUCCCGACGUGGCUGACUGAACUAGGAAAGACCUGCCCAUUUUUCUUCCCUUUUGAUACCCGGCAAAUGCUUUUUUAUGUAACUGCAUUUGAUCGGGACCGAGCAAUGCAAAGAUUACUUGAUACCAACCCAGAAAUCAACCAGUCUGAUUCUCAAGAUAGCAGAGUUGCACCUAGAUUGGAUAGAAAAAAACGCACUGUGAACAGAGAGGAGCUGCUGAAACAAGCUGAGUCUGUGAUGCAGGAUCUUGGCAGUUCACGGGCCAUGUUAGAAAUCCAGUACGAAAAUGAGGUUGGUACAGGUCUUGGACCUACGCUGGAGUUUUAUGCACUCGUAUCUCAGGAACUCCAGAGGGCUGACUUGGGUCUCUGGAGAGGUGAAGAAGUGACUCUUAGCAACCCAAAAGGGAGUCAAGAAGGGACCAAGUACAUUCAGAACCUCCAGGGCCUGUUCGCACUACCCUUUGGUCGGACAGCCAAGCCAGCCCAUAUUGCAAAGGUUAAGAUGAAGUUUCGCUUCCUAGGAAAAUUAAUGGCCAAGGCGAUCAUGGAUUUCAGACUGGUGGACCUGCCCCUCGGCCUGCCCUUCUACAAGUGGAUGCUGCGGCAGGAGACCUCGCUGACAUCGCAUGAUCUCUUUGACAUCGACCCGGUUGUAGCUAGAUCAGUGUAUCACCUUGAAGACAUUGUCAGACAGAAGAAAAGACUUGAACAAGAUAAAUCCCAGACCAAAGAGAGUCUGCAGUACGCACUGGAGACGCUGACGAUGAACGGCUGCUCUGUGGAAGAUCUGGGGCUGGAUUUUACUCUGCCGGGGUUUCCCAACAUCGAGCUGAAGAAAGGAGGGAAGGACAUACCGGUCACAAUCCACAACCUGGAGGAGUACUUGAGACUGGUUAUAUUCUGGGCACUAAACGAAGGCGUUUCCAGGCAAUUUGAUUCAUUCAGAGAUGGUUUUGAAUCAGUCUUUCCACUCAGUCAUCUUCAGUACUUCUAUCCGGAAGAACUGGACCAGCUGCUGUGCGGCAGUAAGGCGGACGCCUGGGACGCGAAGACGCUGAUGGAGUGCUGCAGGCCCGACCACGGCUACACCCACGACAGUCGGGCUGUGAAGUUCUUGUUUGAGAUUCUCAGUGGCUUUGAUAACGAGCAGCAGAGGUUAUUUCUCCAGUUUGUGACAGGUAGCCCAAGAUUGCCUGUUGGAGGCUUCCGGAGUUUGAAUCCACCUUUGACAAUUGUCCGGAAGACAUUCGAAUCGACAGAAAACCCAGACGACUUCCUGCCCUCUGUAAUGACUUGUGUAAACUAUCUCAAGUUGCCGGACUACUCGAGCAUUGAGAUCAUGCGCGAGAAGCUGCUGGUGGCCGCGCGCGAGGGGCAGCAAUCCUUCCACCUCUCCUGAUGACCAUGGGAGCGCGGUAUCUGCCUGUUACAGCAAGAGAAAAAUCACGAUUUCUUUUCUAAAUGUAUCACCUGAGUCAAGGAAACAUGUUACACCUUCUUGUUGUAGGAAAAACGGCUUGCAGAUUCUAAAGAGACGCUUGGUUGAUAUUCAUUAAUGGCCCCAUGGACUUAAAGUGAUCAGGCCCUAAACCGUUGUUGUGAUGAGGUUUCUUUAGCAAGUUCUGUUUAAAUUAUCAUUUAUUUGAUGAGUGAAGUUUUUAACUUGCUUUGCUGUGUGAAAUUUAAAAAGGGAUGUUUUUCCAGGCUGAAACAAUAAAUGUCGCUGUGCAGUUUAAUUCUGGGCUGUGUGUAUCCAUCUAGCUGAGUCUGCAGUCUGUUCCCUCCAGAGACAGCUCUUGUACAUAGUUCAGACAUUAAAGCUCGCCUGUAUUUGACAGACGGUGUAGUGAGCCAGCUCUGUGUCCUCACCGCCCGACUCCCACCAGCUUUGUCUGUGCAGCUCACGCUUCUUGUGUACAGCACUCACGGUUCAUCCCCCCCCCCUCGGGCUUUUGUUGUUCCAUGUUCUUUCAAAUUUAGAUAUAAUUUAAAUUUCGUUGAACUGAAAUAUAUUGUCAAUAUAAUUCAGCCUUGUAUCUAGAUAGACCUUUCCUAGAGCCUAGUUCUGAUGGCGCUGUCGGGCGUGACGGGCCUCUUCGGGGACACGAGGGCUGUGGACGUGCCGCGCCCGCGCCCCGAGGGAGCGGGAGGGCUCGCUCCCCCCCUCCGCGCAGGCGCAGCGAGGCCGCUCGGGCCGGCCGCCGCUCCUUGCGCUCUGGCCAGAGCGUUUGAACGGAUGUGAAGUCUUCAGUGAGAUUUGGUUUCCCUUCCCUGUUGGAGUAAAAGAAUUCUUUUCUCCCCGGUCCCUGUUCUAAGUUUUUUGUUCGCGGUCUCCCCCUCCCCCUGCUCCCACGCCGCCCCAGUGCUGGCUUGGGACCGGCCGUCCAGCCGUGUCCCGACAGAUAACACGCACCUGUACGCAAUGCGCUGUCCAGUUGUUCUAUGUGCUGAUUUCUCAAAUUUGCAAUAAUCCAUCAGGUUCAUGUUUUUACCUGAAAAUAAAUAAAGUUUGCUUCACCUUUUUGUUUACAGUUCUGUGCCGUAUGCCUCCCUUUCAGUCGUGUUAGAUGUACGUGAGAUUUUCACUGCCGGUAAAUCACCACGUCUCUGUGAUUUGCGUCAUGGCUGAAUACACUAGUCAGAGAAUUUCUAACAGCGACUUGAAGAUCCCAAAAUGUGGAGAGAAUGGGAGGCGAGCCCUCCCUUCUAAGGUGCAAAAUGAAGCCUAAUUGUAUAAAUUGAGCAUUUCCGUAAAUGACAGAUGAGCUAAUUUGUUCUUACUGAACUUUUGAGAAAUCAAUUUGUUUCGCUGGCUGUUCCAAAGUCUUAAUUGCUGUGAAAGCCCCUCGCUGCCCAUUUCAGCAACAGAAAGACUCUGUGGCUUGUUUUCAUUUCGAUUUCUGUGUCAUCCUACACUCAAAUGGCCUUACCUGGACGCGUCCCCUCCUCAUGGUGAACGUGGACGGUGACCCCCAUUAGGUUGAUGAGCUGCCAGGGGCCUGGAGCCAAUCUCCCAGGCCCGGGCGGAGACUGCCAAGCGCCUGUUCCCCAUCAACCCCAGGAGGGAGCCGCCUUCCCGUCGGAGCCCGGCCGCCGAGCAAAGCGGCGACAAGAGGGAGCCAAUUUGUUUUCAACUGUGACGAUACCGUUUUUACAAACUAAGCACAAAGAAUUUUGCCUGGACAUAGCAAUCUGUUCCUCGUUUUUAAAAGAGGUUCUAUUGUUAAAAUUAGACAGACGUGUAUAAACAAAGUAAUGUUUCCUAUUAAAAGAUCUGUAUUUGACUCGAUCCGUGUGUGACCUCGGAUCUUUGACUUCCGGCCGCUCUGCCUCGUGCGUGUCAGCCUCCAGGGAGGCAGGUGGUGGUGUUGAGUCACACUUGGGCGCAAGUGUUUCAGAGGCAUCGGUUGCCAGCUUGAGCUCUGGGUCUUUAACGGACUCUUCUCAGGCCGGGGAGCCUUCCUCAGGGAGGGCCAGGAAGGCUCUUCCCAUGUACAGCAAUCUCUUGGCAGAGGCCUUAGCCAUGCGCUGGAGGGGAAAGUACAUACUUCAUUUGCUGUUACUCCAGUUACGCCUUAAGUUUACUUGCUUAUUCACAUAGGUCAGCAAGCAUUCCAAGACUGCUCAACACGUAGACAGCUGGGGAGUGACUGAGACCCUGUUGUCCUUUCAGUUUUGCUGAGCUGGAGUCAUGUCAGUCACAGCUGAUGUCGGUUUUGUGGCGGUAUCAUUUAAUGACAGUUGCUGAGGUGGCUGCUUUCUGUGUGAGAACUUACUUGCAACGAUUUCACUCCGAGAAGAAAGAGAGGUAGUUCAGUACAACCCUGUCCUCCCAGCCCCCGGAGAUGAACAGCAGUAGGUCAUCUGAACGGGAACAGGUGGCGAGGGUUCUGCACGCCCUGGCCAAAGCCAGCGGGAGCCUUCACACCGCUGUGGGCGAGCAGGCUCCGCGGGCCUGUUCUUCAGUUCUGCAGCAUGGAGCCUUUCGCCACAGCGGUCUCUCGAGGGCCCCCUCGUGGCAUUUGGCUGUUGGGGUGAGUUGUGCACAUCAUAGCCCAAGGAGUGUGCAGCUGGCGGACUCUGAGCCACGCCUGUCGGCUUCUCCCCGGGGCCUGAAGACGGGGGCGGAGGCAGGAACCCGCCGCCCAUGGUGGUGGUGCCUCGCUCGUCUGCGGGAGGCGUGGUGGCAAGCGUGGUUGUAAGCUCGCCUGCCUCUGGCUCAGCAGGUGCUGAGCUACUCCCUGCUUCCUGUGCGAGUGUGAACUCAGGAAAUGGGAAUGUCGCUGAUGGGCCAGGAGAGAGAAUGUGCCCUUCAGAGGGUGAGAUGAGACUUGGCGGAAAUGACAUCAUUUGGGGUGGUUAUGGAAAGUGGUGUUCAUUCGACAAGAUGAGCAAGCCUUUUCUUUGUUUUUUGGACCCAUUUUAAUUUUCCCUACUGUAAUAGCGCUGUUUGGAAAUGUCAUGCUGUGUUUCUAACUGAGAAAUGCUUCUGUAUGAGUCUUAGGUUUGAUGUUAUGGUGAUGGACAUCGGUGGGAAAGGACAACGUAGUGACAAAUCACUGAAAAUGCUUCCUUUGUUACCUCAAAAAUAUUCCAGACAAAACAUAGCGUUUAUAUUUAUAGAAAACAGAAUUGGCUGUUUUCCAAGAACUUCCAAGUUAAUUCUUAUGCAAGAAAAAGUUCUUAGCUCUCAAGACUUGUUCUGCAUAAAGGAGACAUUCUUUAAUAAUGGAAGAGGUGGUUUUAUUUUUACAACAAGCCUACUCGUAUUACCAAACCUAAUAACCGAUUGCUGAUCUCCUGUGUAAAGCAUUUUUUUCUCUUCUCUGAAACAGUGAUUUAUAUGAACUGUUGGAAUAAUGGAACCUCGCACUACAGAUGUGUAUGUAAAAUUGCAUAAAUGCACUGACUUCCUUCUCCCUGAAUAUAUUUUUAAUA